CCUUUGAAAUAAACUAUUAUCCUCUUCUAUUCUCUCCCAUAUUUUCCAUAACCAAAUAAUAGAUUAUUCUUUUUAUUUCCUACCUUGACUCGAAUGUCAAACAUCACAAGUUGUGAUAGUGGGAGCUUCUCCACAGAUAACACUAACAGCAGAGUAGAAGGAGGAGGAGGAGGAGAUGCAUCACUAUUGUUACUUAAUAAAAAUAAACAGCAAUCAGAGUCAGAGAUACUUGGUGGUGGUGGUGGUGGUAACUUCCAUAGUCCAAAUUCUCAUUCUUCAACCAUCACUACUAAUAACAGCAGCAGCAAUGCUUCCAACGCAAAUUCACAACCACAACCACCACCGCCUCCUAAGAAGAAACGAAGCCUACCAGGAAAUCCAGAUCCAAGUGCUGAAGUGAUAGCUCUAUCGCCAAACACGCUGGUGACAACAAACCGGUUCAUAUGUGAGAUCUGCAACAAAGGAUUCCAAAGGGAUCAGAACCUUCAACUUCACCGGAGAGGCCAUAACCUGCCAUGGAAGCUGAAACAAAGAAGCAGCAACGAAGUGCGGAAAAGGGUGUACGUGUGUCCCGAAGUGUCGUGUGUCCACCACAAUCCUGCUCGAGCACUGGGAGACCUCACCGGAAUCAAGAAGCACUUCAGCAGAAAGCACGGCGACAAGAAGUGGAAAUGUGAGAAAUGCAACAAGAAAUACGCCGUUCAAUCUGACUGGAAAGCUCAUUCCAAAAUCUGUGGUACCAAAGAAUACAAAUGUGACUGCGGCACCGUCUUUUCCAGAAGAGAUAGCUUCAUAACCCACAGAGCUUUCUGUGACGCACUGGCUGAUGAGAAUAACAAAGUGAACAAUGAAGGAGGAGUACUUGGACAUUUUCCAAAGAUAGGUUCCAACUUAUUGCAACCAUUAAUCCCAAACCUAGUUGCAUCAUUACCAAUCACUCGCAAUAACACUAGUAUUUCUACUUCCGAAUUCAAGCAGCAUCCAUCAUCAUUCCCUCAUGAACUCAUGCCAAUUUCAAUGCCUGAACAAAAACCCUUCAUCAACACCACCACCACCAACAACAACCACCUAAUAAACCCUUCAUCACUGCCCUCUCUUCAACUGAACUCACCACAUUCUCCGCUAAACAUGUUCGAUGAGAGUGGUGGGGUCCAUUUAGCUGCAGGGUUACCUCACAUGUCCGCAACGGCAUUGCUUCAAAAAGCUGCACAAAUGGGUGCAACAAGCGUGAGCAAUAAUAACAAUAACACUAGCAUGGCACCCCCGUCAUUUGCUUCUUCCAAUAAUGGAAUCAUCAUGGAACACUUCAUGCACAAUGCUCAUCCUCAACACGAUAAUAUUUCACCGUCUCAUCAGUUUAAUAAUAACAAUAAUUUCAACGGGAGCGUUGGAAUGAACGGUGUGGAAAUGUUUAAUGCUAUAUUGGAUCAAAGUAAGGCCUUAGCCAAGAUCAUUGAUCAGAACAACAGAAGCAGUGGAUUCAGUAUCCCCCCGGUGAGUGGUAGGAGUAGUAGCACCAUUAAUAUUGGUGGAGCUAAGGGAAGUGAGGAUGUAAUGACUCUGGACUUUCUGGGAAUCGGAGCGGGAGGUGCUGGUGGUGGUGGCGGCGGCGGAGAUGGUGGUGCCCAUGGAUACUUUGGUAUUGGUCCCUUAGCGUAAGACGUUAGUGUUAAUCAAUAAUGUGUAUUAUGUCUGCGCCAUAAUUAAUUUCUUCUUAAUUUUAGGAAUAAUUACUUGUCCACGGUUAAUUAGUUCAAUUGUGUACACUUCGAUAUUAUUGUAACAUUAUUUUCAGUCCUUAAUUCAUUCCCUUUGUUGACAUAUAUUAUUGC